UUCGUGCGUUGUGGGUGAACGCCAAUAUGGCAGCCUACGUGAUGUUGCUAAGUUAUUGUUGAGCUUAAUGUUUCAUUUGUUUAUAUGCCCUUUAUUAAUGAAACAACCAUUAAAGUAUGAUUCAAUUGCUUUGUUGUAGACUGAGCACUACUGCUCCUUCGCAGUCACGGUCAUUUUAUUCGCUGUGCAACAAAACAGGAGACAAAUGGAAGCUGUCACGCUUGUAUACAUCUUCAGGACCCUGUGCAUACAGCUCCUCACAGCAGCCCAGCAGUGCUGUGAGUCGGAUUUGGAGCCUGACUCAAAGAGCCUUCCGCCACUCCUCCACUCGAUCAAACAACCCCUUGGGUUUGAAAUUCCUCCUGGGACCUGCGGUGCUCACUGUGUCAGCACGCCUGCUUUUUCACGUAGCUUACUGCGAGGCAGAUAAAAACAACAACACUUUAGUGGAAGUUACAGCCAAAGUCCCGAUUCCUGACUUCAAAUGGCAUAUCCUGUGGGAAUUUGUUAAACCCCAGUUGUUUGCGCUCGUCUGUGCUGUUGUGCUUGCUUUCGGUGCAGCUAUCCUGAACAUUCAGAUCCCGCUGAUGCUUGGAGACCUGGUGAAUGUUGUGGCGCGACACCUGAGAGAAAACACAGGGAAUUACAUCAGUGAGAUACAAGGUCCUGCCCUAAAAUUACUUGGCCUGUAUGGUGUCCAAGGCCUGCUAACUAGUGGCUAUAUCAUCCUGCUUUCAAGAGUGGGUGAGAGAGUGGCUGCAGACAUGAGGAAGACCCUGUUUGCGUCGUUGCUACGGCAAGAUGUGGCUUUUUUUGAUGCCAAUAAAACCGGGCAGCUGGUGAAUCGGUUGACUGCUGACAUUCAGGAGUUCAAGUCAUCCUUUAAACUGGUUAUUUCUCAGGGGCUGCGGAGCAUCACACAGACAAUCGGGUGUUUUGUCUCGCUCUACAUCAUCUCACCCAAACUCACAGGCUUGACGGUGAUCGUCCUCCCGUGUCUGGUGGGAGCGGGAGCUCUGAUUGGCUCAUUCCUGCGAAAAUUGUCUCGCCUGGCUCAAGAGCAGGUGGCAAAAGCAACAGGAGUGGCAGACGAGGCCCUGGGGAAUGUACGGACGGUCAAAGCUUUUGCAAUGGAGGAACGGGAGCUCCAAUCAUAUGCGUAUGAAGUUGAUAAAUCCUGUGAAAUGAAUGAAAAUCUUGGCACUGGGAUCGCCAUUUUCCAAGGCCUGUCAAACAUGGCCUUGAACUGCAUCGUACUAGGAACGAUAUUUGCUGGGGGGACUUUAAUUUCAAGCAAUGAAAUGUCCCCCGGAGACCUGAUGUCUUUCUUAGUUGCAUCUCAGACUGUUCAGAGGUCCUUAGCAAGUAUUUCCAUCCUUUUCGGACAGGUGGUGAGAGGAAUAAGCUCCGGGGCUCGGGUCUUUGAGUACCUCUCUUUGCAGCCAACCAUCCUUCUCUGUGGAGGAGGACGAAUCCCAUAUCAUUCUCUGACUGGAAGAGUGGACUUCCUGAACAUUUCAUUCAGUUAUCCAACGAGACCCGGCCACGAAGUCCUGAAGAAGUUUAACUUAACGCUGCCGCCCUGUAAAACCGUGGCAGUUGUCGGCGAAUCUGGAGGAGGAAAGUCCACCGUGGCUGCCUUACUGGAACGUUUUUAUGACCCAACAAGUGGUGUGGUCAUGUUGGACGGGCUUGAUAUCCGAACGCUGGACCUGUCCUGGCUCAGAGGGCAAGUCAUUGGAUUCAUUAAUCAGGAACCUGUUUUGUUUGGAUCUUCCAUCAUGGAGAACAUCCGCUUUGGGAAGCCAGACGCCACAGAUGCUGAAGUCAUUAGUGCAGCAAAGCAAGCCAACGCUCACCGCUUUAUUACCAGUUUCCCAGAUGGUUAUAACACCACGGUCGGUGAGCGAGGUGUGACGUUGUCAGGCGGACAGAAGCAGCGCAUCGCCAUUGCCCGAGCUUUGAUCAAGAACCCGAGCAUACUGGUGCUGGACGAGGCCACCAGCGCUUUAGAUGCAGAGUCUGAACGAGUGGUCCAGGAAGCUCUGGACAGAGCCACACGAGGCCGCACUGUUCUCAUCAUCGCCCACAGACUGAGCACCAUCCAAGGCGCCGACCUCAUCUGUGUCAUGAGCAACGGUCGUGUUGUCGAGGCUGGGACACAUUUGGAACUACUGGGCAAAGGAGGACUCUACUCUGAUCUGAUCCGCAGACAAAAAGCCGAGGGGCAAAAAUAGACACAACAGUUUGUUUCCAGUAGACCAGUUAUAUAUAUAAAAAACAUUUGUUUAUUAAAUAACAUCAAAUGUGUAGUACAUUUACCUGCUUUCAGUUUAGCAGCAGCUUAGCUAUACAUUUUAAACAGUUUGUGUUUAAGUAUUAAUGGACCAAUGUGUUUAUUUCAAAAUACACUACUGUGCAGAUAAAUUAAAAUAAAAAUAUAGCCCCUGGGUUUUUGUCUAUCUUGUAUGGAAAAAUAGUACAUAAACAUUUAAAAACUAAAACAUUAUUAAACCGUUUAAAGUAUAAAAAUUUGAAUCUUGUUUUUGUGAUCUAACUUUUGGGAACUGCUGUUUUGAUGCUUUCUGCGUUUCCUUUGAAAUGCUUCAGUUAUUUCAGAAUGUUCUUUAACUGGUGAAUCUUUAAACACAGAGCUCAGAUAUCCUCUAGCACUAAGAAAAAUCUUUACCAAGACACCACACCUAGUAUAUUUGCUGUCUUAGUAAACAGGAUUACAAUCUUGUUUACAAGGCUUAACAAAUAAAGCGCUGAGGUUUAUCGGACUUUGAAAUGAGGUUUAUUCCAUUAGAUGGAUAAAUCAGACUCUCUGGGAAACGUUUAAAAAAUACAAAUGUAACCUGAUGGCUUUCAAGAGAACAUUUGCAGUCAGAGAUUUGAUUUGAAACGAUCAUCUUACAAAUGAGGGGAUGCUGUCUAAGAGUGUUUUGUUCAGAUAUCUGUCUAUAAUGAAUCUUAAAUUGUUAGUAUGGUUUUAUUAUCUAAGAGCAGCAAUUUCCUAAUGUUGUGAUUCCUCGCACAUGUGACAAUAAAAUCCUUCUGAUUCUAAAAUU